AUGGAGGCCCGGGCUGCAGCGGCGGGCGAGCCCGAGCCUGCGGCGGCGUCCUCCUCCUUCCACGCCCGGCUCUGGAAGAACCUGCAGUUGGGGGUGGGCAAGGGCAAAGGCAGCGGGGGCGGGCGCGCAGGGGGCCCCGACAGCCGCACAGCUGACACCCCGUCGCGGUCUCCGCCGCCCCCGGCGGGCCGGCGGGACGCGCUGGCCGGCGUGAGUGGCACGGGCAGCAGGUGGAGUGGCUUCAAGAAGCGAAAGCAAGUGCUGGACCGUGUCUUCUCCUCCUCCCAGCCCAACCUGUGCUGCUCCUCCCCGGAGCCCCUCGAGCCUGGCGGCGCCGGGAGAGCCGAGCAGCGGUCCGCGCUGCGCCGCCGGAUCCGCGAGCAUUUGCUCCCCUCGGGAAAAGGGACCGCGGCAGCAGCUGGAGCAGCUGGAGUGACGCCUCCUGGUGGACGUUCGCCCGACUCCGCUCCCUCUUCGUCCUCCGCCUCAUCUUCCUUGUCCUCCUCGCCCCAGCCACCCCCGAGGGGGGACCGCACCCGAAAUGAGGAUGCACGGCGUCGGGGCCCCGGGGCUCAUUUGUGCCAUCAGAAGAGCUCCUCUCUGCCGGGUACCGCCUGCCUGGAGCAGUUGCUGGAGCCACCGCCGCCUCAGCCGCCCGCAGAGCCAGCAAGGAGCCCCGCGGAACUCGGGACAUCCGAGAAGGGCGAGGAGCGCGGUAGCAGCCAGAAAAUAAAUAUCGCUGGAACCAGUAAUGCAGAUGUUCCUUUGGCUGAUCCCGGAAUGUACCAGUUGGACAUUACAUUAAGAAGGGGUCAAAGUUUAGCUGCCCGAGAUCGAGGAGGGACAAGUGACCCUUACGUGAAGUUUAAAAUUGGAGGAAAAGAAGUUUUUAGGAGUAAAAUAAUACACAAGACCCUCAAUCCUGUGUGGGAGGAAAAAGCUUGCAUUCUGGUUGAUCAUCUUAGGGAGCCGUUAUAUAUAAAGGUCUUUGACUAUGAUUUUGGACUACAGGAUGACUUUAUGGGCUCAGCCUUUCUGGACCUCACACAAUUGGAGUUAAAAAGGCCCAUAGAUGUGACCCUAACUCUGAAAGAUCCCCACUAUCCUGACCAUGAUCUUGGAAUCAUUUUGCUCUCAGUCAUUCUUACCCCUAAAGAAGGAGAACCUAGAGAUGUGACAAUGCUAAUGAGGAAGAGUUGGAAAAGAUCAACUAAGGAACUCUCAGAAAAUGAAGUGGUUGGAUCUUGUUUCUCUGUGAAGUCUUUCUUUUGGAGGACGCGCGGCAGGCCUGCUCUUCCUGUCCCGGGCUUCUGCAGAGCAGAGCUUCAGAGUCCUUAUUGCCAAAAUGCACAAUUUCAGACCCAAAGUUUACAUCUGUCAGACCUACACAGAAAAUCACAUCUUUGGAGAGGAAUAGUCAGUAUCACCUUGAUUGAGGGACGAGACCUCAAGGCAAUGGAUUCAAACGGGUUGAGUGACCCCUACGUGAAGUUCCGGCUUGGACAUCAGAAAUACAAGAGCAAGAUUAUGCCAAAAACUUUGAAUCCUCAGUGGAGGGAACAGUUUGAUUUCCAUCUCUAUGAAGAAAGAGGAGGAAUCAUUGAUAUCACUGCAUGGGACAAAGACGCUGGGAAAAGGGAUGAUUUUAUUGGAAGGUGCCAGGUCGACCUGUCGGCCCUCAGUAGGGAACAGACGCACAAGUUGGAGUUGCAGCUGGAAGAGGGUGAGGGACACCUGGUACUGCUGGUCACCCUGACAGCUUCGGCCACAGUCAGUAUCUCUGACCUCUCUGUCAACUCCCUGGAGGACCAGAAAGAAAGGGAGAAGAUAUUAAAGAGAUAUAGCCCGUUGCGGAUAUUUCACAACCUGAAAGAUGUGGGAUUUCUCCAGGUGAAAGUAAUCAGAGCAGAAGGGUUGAUGGCUGCUGAUGUCACAGGUAAAAGUGAUCCAUUUUGUGUAGUAGAAUUGAACAACGAUAGGCUGCUGACACAUACAGUCUACAAAAAUCUCAAUCCUGAGUGGAACAAAGUCUUCACGUUCAACAUUAAAGAUAUCCAUUCAGUUCUUGAAGUGACAGUUUAUGAUGAAGAUCGGGAUCGAAGUGCUGACUUUCUGGGCAAAGUUGCUAUACCAUUGCUGUCUAUUCAAAAUGGUGAACAGAAAGCCUACGUCUUGAAAAACAAGCAGCUGACAGGGCCAACAAAGGGGGUCAUCUAUCUUGAAAUAGAUGUGAUUUUUAAUGCUGUGAAAGCCAGCUUACGAACAUUAAUACCCAAAGAACAGAAGUACAUUGAAGAGGAAAACAGACUCUCUAAACAGCUGUUGCUAAGAAAUUUUAUCAGAAUGAAACGUUGUAUCAUGGUGCUCAUAAAUGCUGCCUACUACGUUAAUAGUUGCUUUGACUGGGAUUCACCUCCAAGGAGUCUCGCUGCUUUUGUGCUCUUUCUCUUUGUUGUCUGGAACUUUGAGCUCUACAUGAUACCACUGGUUUUGUUGUUACUGUUGACAUGGAACUACUUCUUGAUAAUAUCGGGGAAAGAUAACAGGCAACGUGAUACAGUAGUAGAGGACAUGCUAGAGGACGAGGAAGAAGAAGAUGACAAAGAUGACAAGGACAGUGAAAAAAAGGGAUUUAUAAAUAAAAUCUAUGCCAUCCAGGAGGUAUGUGUCAGUGUCCAGAACAUCCUAGAUGAAGUGGCUUCCUUUGGUGAAAGGAUAAAGAAUACUUUCAACUGGACUGUCCCGUUCUUAAGCUGGCUGGCCAUUGUCGCCCUCUGUGCGUUCACAGUCAUCCUGUACUUCAUUCCACUGAGAUACAUUGUCCUUGUCUGGGGCAUCAAUAAAUUUACAAAGAAGCUUCGGAGUCCAUACGCAAUUGAUAACAAUGAACUACUUGACUUCCUUUCCAGAGUCCCUUCAGACAUACAAGUGGUGCAAUACCAAGAACUGAAACCAGAUCCUUCUCAUAGCCCAUGUAAAAGGAAGAAAAACAAUCUUGGAUAGCUCCAAGCACCGAGGAGACCAGCAUCUGUUUGGGAAGAUAAAAGAAAAAGCCUUCAGCCUCAGCAGCAUUUCCUGUCUUUCUGCUUUUUAUUUAUUUUGCCUUUUUUAUCAUGAUCGAUAGGAUUUGUAAAUAGUGUACAAAGGCAUAUGUCUUUAAAAAUAUACUUCCAUUGUACAGAAUCAAUUUGAUAAAAGUUUAGCUACUGCUGUGUGAAAGCAUUGUUAGCUGUGGGUAAUAAUAUAACACAUUGAAACAACAACAAAAAAAAAA